CUCUAAAUCAUUAUUCUCCUACAUCGCUUCAAAUGCCUAAGAUUUGGCAAAAUGCCCUUUGAUAUUUCUAUGAUGAAUCUAAUUGCAUCUUUUAUUUUGGUUUCUGGUUUUUAACAUUUAUUUCUGGGUGGAGCUUAAAGCUUUAAAAUUGAAGGUUUUGAUCUGCUUGAUGAAUAGCAAUGAUAUACUCUUCGUUUCUAGUGCUGUAGAGAUUGACUGUUUUGAAGAGUUUGGCCACGUUUCCAAAACUUUAAAAGCAUGGUCUUUGCAUUGUUUCCGGUGCUUUUAGAGGCAUUUUCAAUGAAGUUAUACUAUAUUAUGUAAAAAUCUGUGUUUAGGACACAAUUUUCUGCGCUUGCGAUUCUUCACUAUAGUUUCAAUAGAUUCUGUUGAUUCUUCGUGAUGGUUUCGUUAGAAAUUUUAUUAGGGCUUUCGAGUUGAUUUUCAAUUUUCAGGGAUUUGAAAUUCUGGAAGCCUUUAAAAGAAAACAUUUACAGCGUUCUAUUUUGUCUUUUCUGUGAAUAUUGGAACUGUGUCAAGAUUUAAGCAGGAUUUAAAUUCAAGUCAAUCUGGAUUAUCAGAAAGCGGAUACCACAAAUAUUCAGUGACCCUAAUGACAGUGGCUGCAGUAGAAAUAAUUCCAAGUAACAAUGAAGUUUAUGAAACUGGGAGCGAAACCGGAAGCCUUCUAUACAGCAGAAAAUUUCAGGUCUGUAUAUUCAGAAGUGUCGAGUGAUUUUGAAAUACAAGUAAAUGGAACAAAGUAUUUGCUACACAAGUUUCCUCUGCUUUCCAAGUGUGGUCUAUUGCAGAGGUUAGCUGCUGAAGCUUGUGAUUCAGACAAGGGCAUAAUUGAGCUUACAGAUUUUCCAGGGGGUCUAGAGAUAUUUGAGUUAUGUGCCAAGUUUUGCUAUGGGAUCAUUGUCACUGUCAGCGCCCAUAAUGUGGUUGCAGUCCGAUGUGCUGCAGAGUAUCUUCAGAUGACCGAGGCAAUAGAGAAGGGUAAUCUUAUAUACAAACUAGAGGUCUUCCUUAAUUCGUGCAUCCUUCAUGGUUGGAAAGAUUCAAUCACAACAUUGCAGAAAACUAAAUCUUUCUUACCCUUGUCCGAGGAUCUCAAAAUUGUCAGUAGGUGUAUUGAUGCAAUUGCAUGCAAGGCAAUGGUGGAUCCAUCUAGGGUAACUUGGUCAUACAACUAUGCUAGAGGUCACAGAGAUCAUAAGGGAUGUGAGCAUGCUUCAAGCCCUUCACUAAAUGAACUUCCUAGUCGGAGAUAUCACUCUGUUCCAAAAGAUUGGUGGGUGGAAGACAUUUCAGAGUUAGAGAUAGACCUGUAUUGGAGAGUAAUGUUGGCCAUUAAAUCCACUGGGAAGAUUUCUUCUUUGCUUAUUGGAGAAGCUUUACGAGUGUAUGUGUCCCGUUGGUUGCCUGGAAUGUCAAAAGAGAAGGGGAACACAAGGGGAAAUUCUAGUGACAAACAGCCAGAGAUCACUUCGAGACACAGGCUUCUUUUGGAGUCAAUUGUAAGCUUGUUGCCACCAGAAAAGUGUUCAACUUCAUGUAGGUUUUUGUUGAAGCUGCUUAAGGCAGCAACGAUUCUAGGUGUUUCACCUUCUUCAAAGAUGGAGCUAGCUAGACGAGUGGGAUUGCAGCUGGAAGAUGCCUCUGUGAAUGAUCUUCUUAUUCCGUCCCUUUCCUAUGCCAAAGAAACCCUUUAUGAUAUUGAUCUGGUACAAACAAUCUUAGAACACUUCUUGAUGCAGUCUCAGAGCCCUCCAACAAGCCCAGUACACAACAGACAUAAAUAUGAAACAAGGAGAUCACGGUCAGCUGAAAAUCUUGAUUUUGCAGAGAGCAGGAGAUCAUCUUCUGCAGCGCAUAGCUCAAAGCUUAAGGUUGCCAAGCUGAUUGAUGCAUAUUUGGCAGAGAUUGCUCGAGAUGAAAAUCUGUCAAUUUCUAGAUUCAUCUCUCUUGCAGAAGCUAUACCAGAUUUUGCACGCCCUAUUCAUGAUGACUUGUACACAGCAAUUGACAUAUACCUCAAGGAACAUCCUGGCCUGAGCAAAAGUGACAGAAAAUGUCUCUGUCGGCUUCUAGAUUGUAAAAAGCUAUCAAUGGAGGCUUGUAUGCAUGCUGCUCAGAAUGAACUCUUGCCCCUUAGGCUUGUAGUACAGGUGCUCUUUGUUGAGCAGGUCAGGGCAGCCAUGGCAGGUGGCCUGGUGCAUGAGUUACCAAAUAAUAUAAAAGCUUUGCUAUCCAGUCAAGAAGAGGACUCUCAAGAAGUUCCAGAGUCUAGCACAUUCGAAAAUGUAUGGGAUGCUGCAAGUCAUACUGCAAAGUCCCCAAAAGGAAGAGAUACAAUGACAUUGAAGAUGCAACUAGAAGAGGCAGACAACGAAGCUCCAGAGAUACGACAGGAAGGCCCAAAGAACUCUAAGUUGAAAACCAUCUACAGUCUUCCUUCCAAGCAUAGGAAAUUUUUCAGUAAGCUAUGGUCCAGCAACAAGAGUGUUAGUGAAAAGUUAUGACUGCUGAAGCUGGUUCUUUGCUUCUAUGCAACAAUAGUUUUCACAAAUUACCAAGGAAACGAGGUGGAGUGGUGCCGUGAUGUUGUCCAAGAGUUGAUGUAUUUACUUGAAUCCUUUGUAUUCUAUAUCCUCAAAAGUGGAAAUGAGCGAUUCUUUUUCCUUAAAAGUAGAAGUGUGUUGUGUCAUUACUUUUACUCACAAAUUGUAUCGUAAGGUUCGAUAAACAGACACUGCUUAUUUGGCUAGGUCUCUGUUAUUCUAGCCAGUGCAAGCAAAGCAUAAGGCUAAUUCAGAAAUUGCUCUUGUUUGUUUCUGUAACAUCUACUUUUAGGCAUUACAAUGUUAAUGGCCAGAGCUAAUGCUUCUGCUAUGAGAUGAGAUGAGAAGACUUUUAACGUUCUUUAGGCCAAAUUGGUCUUUAGGACUUAUCACAAUGUAUCUAGUUGCUUAGAUGCUGGUUCUUAAGGAGUCCACUUUUAAAAUUGCAACUUAAUGUCCAAACUUCAAGAAAAGAAUGUUGGGAUGUAUUUUUAUGGUUGAGCAAA